CAGCCCGCCGCCUCCCACGUCCGCGCCUAAAGCAGUGGCUGUGAUUACUUCCAGAACAGCAUUCAAAUCACCAACGUAGUGUCAUUCAAACAGAAGGAGUUAGAGAGGUGUGCGCGUGCUAUGGGAUGGAGGAAGAGGAGAGCCACUACAUCCUGCAGCUCAGGGCAGUCUACAGCAGCUGCGACACGACGGGCACAGGCUUCCUGGACCGGGACGAGCUGACCCAACUCUGCCGAAAGCUUCAGCUGGAAAAGCAGCUGCCUGUUCUCCUUCAGACGCUCUUUGGCAGUGACCCCUUCACCAGGGUGAACUUCGAGGAGUUUAAGGCGGGCUUCGUGGCCGUGCUGGCGUCCGGGGCUGGUGCCAACCCUGCGGAGCAAGAGAGCAGCUCUGUAGAAUCAGCUGUCCCACCGAAGUAUGUGAACGGCUCUAAAUGGUACGGCCGUCGGAGCCAGCCCGAGCUCUGGGACCCUGUGACAGAAGCCAAAUGUGUACCUGAACCGCAGGCCAAGGGCAACUUGAAGAGCCAGCUCCAGCGUUCUGCCUCUCUGGAAAGCGUGGAGAGCAUCAAGUCAGAUGAAGACACUGGGAGCAUUCAGGAGCCUCGGAAUGAGUUGCUUGAAGCACAAGGCCAGCUGGAAGCCUGGGGUUCCGAAGUUUUGGGGGGCUCUCAGAAAUCCUGCAGCCCCUCCUUGGACAGCCCUGAAAGCCAGGUGCGAGCCAUCUGGGACAAGCUGGGUGUGGGCAACAGUGGCCACCUGAGCAGGCAGGAGCUGGCUGUGGUCUGCCAGAGCAUCGGGCUGCGAACACUGGACACAGAGGAGCUGGAAGACUUGUUUAACAAACUGGAUCGAGAUGGAGAUGGCCGCGUGAGCCUGGAGGAGUUCCAGCUCGGCUUGUUCAGCCAUGUACCUCCAUCACUGACAGAAACUUGCAGUGUGGUCGAACCAAGCAGGCCCUGGUGCCAUUGCCAGGUCCCUGAGGAGAGCAGCUGCCACACCCCUACAGCCUCAUCGCUCGUGUCUGUGGCCUCCGGCCUGCUCCUCUUCUCCAGCAUUGAUGACGGAACCGGCUCAGCCUUCCCAGAGCAGAUCAUCGCCACAUUGGCCCAGGAGGGGAUUCACAAUGGCAGGGAGAUCUUGCAGAGCCUGGAUUUCCGUGUGGAUGAGAAGGUGAACCUUCUGGAGCUGAGCUGGGCCCUUGACAACGAGUUGCUGACCGUCGAUGGGGAUGCCCAGCAGGCAGCCCUGGCCUGCUACCGGCAGGAGUUAAGCUUCCUCCAAGGACGAAUGGAGCAGCUGGUGCAGGAGCGAGACAAGGCAAGGCAGGACCUGGACAGAGCCGAGAAGAGGAACCUAGAGUUUGUGAAAGAGAUGGACGACUGCCACUCCACACUGGAGCAGCUCACGGAGAAGAAAAUCAAGCACCUGGAGCAGGGGUACCUGGAAAGGCUGAACCUCCUGCGGUCAGAGGUGGAGAUGGAGCGUGAGCUACUCUGGGAACAGGCCCGCAAGCAGAAGGCCACGCUGGAGCAGGACGUGGCCCGCCUGCUGGCAGAAGAGGCCCGCCUGCGUCAGAAGCUGAACCUAGCCCUGAAGGAGAACAGCCGACUUCAGAAAGAGAUCGUGGAAGUGGUGGUGAAGCUUUCGGAUUCUGAGAAGGUGGCCCUGAAGCUGCAAAGUGACCUGGAGCUGGUGCUGAGGGAAAAGCUGGAGCCACAGAGCACGGAGCUGCUGGUCCAGGAGGAGCGCUUCGCAGCCGUCCUAAAGGAGUGUGAGCUCAAAUGUCGGGACCUGCAGGACCGUAAUGACGAGCUGCAGGCUGAGCUGGAAGGCCUGCGGGCACGGCUGCCUGAGAGUCAGCACAGCUCUGCCCAGGGCCCUAGCGGACACCGACGGCGGCUCCCUGGUCGUGGCCCAGCAGGCAUCCUGUUUGUGGGCGAGUCCACUCCAAUGAGUAUAGAAACGGAGAUCAUGAUGGAGCAGGUGAAGGAGCACUACCAGGACCUCAGCAUCCAGCUGGAGACCAAGGUCAACUACUAUGAGAGGGAAGUGGAGACCAUGAAGAGGAACUUCGAGAAGGAGAGGAAAGAGGUGGAGCUGGCGCACCAGCAGGAGAUCAGCGCGUUGGAGGAACAGAGGGCGGACCUGGAGGCGCUGCAGGCCAAGGCGCAGGAGGUCAUCCAGGGCCUGCAGGAGCAGCUGCGGGACGUGGCCCGCACCCCUGAGCCCACGCAGGCGGGGCUGGGGCCGUGCUGCGCCCAGGCACUCUCGGGCCUGGCCCUGCGCCUGGAGGAGGAGCUGCGCCUUCGGCACCAGGACCAGCUGCAGCAGAUGAGGAAGGAGGCAGAGCUGGAGCUGAGCCAGAAGCUGUCGUGGCUAGAGGCGGAGCAUGCUGCGCACUGUGAGAACCUGGCCCUGCAGCAGCGGCGUGAGAGGGCGCAGCUGCUGCAGGCGCACGAGCUGCAGGUGCAGGCCCUGACGACACAGCUGGAGCUGCAGAGGGAGCAGCAGGAAGGCAGGGAGCAGGAGAUCCGCACACGCUGCCACAAGCAGCAGCUGAAGCUGCGGGAGACGACGAGCGAAGAGCAGGCGCAGAUCUGCAAGGCAUUUGCCCUUGAAAAGGAGAAGUUGGAGCUCACCUACAGGCAGCAAGUGCAACAGCUCACCCGCCAGGUGGAGGCACUACAGGCCCUGCUGCAGGGGAGGCUGUCGGCAGCAGGGCGAGAACAGGAGGGUGCACCUAGCCCUGCAGCCCCGUGUCUGGGUGGUGUGGAGCGGCCGCCUGCUCAGCCGGAACUGGGCGCUGAUGGAGAGACAGAGGAGCCCGCAGGAGAAGGGCCUGGCCACUCUUGCUGUGCGGACACUGUACAGAGUCCAGCUGCAGCCCCCAUCCUGGCAUCCAGAGGGCCCUCAGAGAGCAUCGGCUACAGUGAGAACCAAGGUGGGCUGCUCAAUGCCAAGGAAGGGGCUUCUGUUCCCCCGGAUGGGGCGUCAUGCGUGCAGUCAUGUGCGAUGGACAAGCGAGGCAACCUGGAGGACCCAGUGCCUCCUGACAGGGCCCCAGAGAGCCUGAGCGGGCCUGCAGGCCUGGAGCCACCCUGCCCAGGAGCAGAGGCCAAUGACUUAGCAGCUUCAUCCCGGAUGACGGAGCCGCAGCUGAGCGGUCAGGUCGAGAGGAUGAGAACCGCUUUGGAAGAGGCAGCCCCAGGAGGGUGUCCCGGACAGGCCAGGGACAGCAACGGGGCCCUGGACCCUGCACACCAGCCUCCCAAGAGGGCAGCCACGAGGGAGCCAUCCUUCUCCCACGCUGGGCUCCCAGAUGGACAGGAGCAGCUUGCCAUGCUGGGACAGACAGAGGCCGAAGGCACGCCAGAGAGAGAGAAGAGUGACGUGCAAGCCAAACUUGUGCAGCUGGAAGGGAUCGUCUGUGCACUUGAGACAGCAGUGGCUUCUAGAGAUGCUGAAAGAAUCGAGUUUCAGAGGCUGUCUGAAGAAAACGUGUUAUUGAAGAAGGAGCUGGGAAGGGUUCGGCAGGAGCUUGAAGCUGCCGAGAACGCAAGUGAUGCAUACAGGAAAGAAAUAGGAGUUCUGAAGAGAGACAAGGAGGAGGCCUGCGCUGCAGUGGAGGAGCUGAGCAAACAGGGUCAGAAAUACGAAGAUGAACUCUCCCAGCUCCACAGCAGGGUCCUGCAGCUGGAGGAGGGUGCUUCUGCCCACCACACCUGGAGGGACAAGAACCACGUCACUGUCGCACUGCUGACUCAAGGGCUGGAGGAGGCAGGCGAGCGCGAGGGGCAGCAGGGUGAACAGAUCCAAAAACUUGAACUUGAACGCAUGAAUCAGGAGUGUCAGCGCCUGCGAUUGUCACAGUCGGAGCUGACGGAGACCUUGGAAGAAAGUCAGCCACAGGUGGGUGGCCUCUGGGCGCCCACUGCAGAUGGCAAAUGCAAAAGGCCCAAGGAACAGCUCCUGCUGGAAAUACCCCGGUGUGGUCCUAAGGUGCCACCAGGGCCAGACUUCACAGCCUGGGAGCAGGGAGCACCUCUGGGGGUUAGAGAAGUGUUCCGGGGCUGUGGGUGGGGCACACGCAGCUCUGCAAGUCCCAGCUCCGUGCCAGUCUGGAGGAGAGUCUCAGUAAAUAUGAAAUGCCAGUCUGCAGCCUCGUGUUGUGUGCGGCAGGAGGAACGGGAGAGGCAGCUGGAAGCCGCGGCAGAGCGGGUGCGAGAGGUGGAGACGCGCCUGCGCAAUGUGGAGCUGCUCUUGGAGGACAAAGUGCAGGAGCUGACACAGCAGCUGGAGAGGAACAGGAGGUCCGACCUGCUGCUCAAGGAGCUCUACGUGGAGAACGCGCACCUCGUGAAGGCCCUGCAGGUGACCGAGGAGCAGCAGCGCAGGGCCGAGAGGAGGAGCCGUGGCCUGGAGGAGAAGGUCCAGGCCCUCAACAGUCUUGUCAACCGCAUGGCUCCCGCCGCCCUCUCUGUGUGAGCGCAGACACGUCCCUCGCA